CAUCGACCUUGCAGUGUUCGUCCCAGGAUGCUGUUGUGAAGCAUGUUGUGAAGAGGUUAUGCUUCUCUUAUCUAAUCCAACAGAAGCUGUCUGUCUCACCAACAGAAGCCAACAAGACACCGGUCUCCUUCCCCUCGCCGUCAGCUGACCUUCCUGUGGCUUUACGUCCCGUUCCCGUUAUCGGUUCUCUAUCAUCUCCAGAGACGUGUCCGCCUUCCAAACCCAGUUCCGUGAUAUCCACAGCGGCAGACGAUCCGAUUGCGGUGCCCCGCCUCCGCCGGCCUCCCGGAGUGGAGCAAGACGUGGAAGCACAAGCACAACGACAGCGAUUACAGGGGUCGACGCAAGCACUACCGGAACGCCAACACACGGCCAGCCAGCUUGCACUAUUAUCGAUCACCUGCCAUUCUCCCCGGCCGCCCGGUGAUACCAGCUUCUGGGGGUCGAAGCGGCCCAAGCCCCGUCCAAUGACGCCGGUUUCUUAUCACGGGGUCUCACCCGAGCUCCGGAACCUGCCACAUUCCGAUGUGUUUGUCUCAUUACCAACCGUUUUAUAUACUAGAAUACUAGUUGCCCGCACCGGGUUUCACUUGACUACUCAGUGUUCUCUGUCUCCUGUCUGUCUAGGGGCUUGUGUGUAUCGUGACCCAACCGCUACAGAACCCUUCCUAUCUUUUUUGAUCCCGAAGAUCUCGCUCCCUCCACCAGGGGCUUUGUUGUUCUUUUGUGUCCCGUUCCAUCCUCGGCUUCUAGAUUGGUAGCACUUUACCUCAGCUGUAGCUCCAUCUCCCUACCUACGUUCCGCAAAACUACUUUCACGAUGGGCUCAACAUCAACAAACAUGGACGACCUAAAGGAAGCCCUCCAAUCCAUCUCCCAAACCCAAACCGCCCUCCUCACCGCCGUCCAAUCCAUCGCCGACCGAGUCAACACCCUCGAGAAGAAAGACACUUCCUCUUCUUCCCCGCCCUCCGCCCAAGCCCUCGACCGGUCCGCAACCCCCUUAAAAACAGGCUUCACUCAAACCCCAACCAGCGAACUCCCCGCCGAAGCAGGCACCCAAACUCCCACCGCCACCGCCCCUACCUCCCCGGUGGCCACCGCCUCGAAGCAAUUCACCUCGCGUGUAAUCCUCACAACCUACCCCCACCAAAUCGGCAUCUCCCCCCUCCCCCUCAACUGGGGCGCUCCCGACCCCCUGUCCCGAGGCCCAGUAACAGUCUCCCGCUCCCCCUCCACCAUCGGCCGCCGAAACGCAAUCGGCGCCCACGGAGGCUCCUACUCCAUCUACUACGCCCUCGCCCUCGCCUCAGGCGAGCUCCCCCACAACCACAAGCCCGAUUACACCAACACCGAACCCGCCGUGUCCAUCGGACCGUUCCCCCAGUGGGGCGACAAGAAGAAGAUUGUGGCUAUGGAUCCGUGGGGGCAUUUAGUGCCCUGGACGCACAAGGAGUUGAUGGAAAGGGAAGGUGUUGACCUGCGGCCUACGAUUGCGGUUACAAAGGCGCAUAUGACGCUUCCGGAGCUGGAGGAGAGCGUAAGGAGUGGGAGGUUGAGGCCGGAUGGCAAGGUUUGUUUGAAUGGACGGGGGGAGUUGGCUGUGACCAAGUUUGCGGUGGAGCCGGUUUGGUACUUGCCGGGCGUUGCGGAGAGGUUUGGGAUUGAGGAGGGGGUGUUGAGGAGGAGUUUGUUUGAGGAGACGGGGGGGAUGUAUCCUGAGUUGAUCACUAGGUCGGAUAUCAAGGUGUUUUUGCCGCCUAUUGGUGGCUUGACAGUGUAUGUCUUUGGCGACCCGGCGAAUAUGUCUGACCCGUCCAAGAGGUUGGCUUUGCGGAUCCAUGACGAGUGCAAUGGCAGCGACGUCUUCGGCUCCGACAUUUGCACCUGCAGGCCCUACCUGAUCUUUGGCAUCGAGGAAGCCGUCAAGGAGGCACAGAAUGGUGGCAGUGGUGUGGUGAUUUACUUUCGCAAGGAGGGCAGAGCGCUGGGUGAGGUUACAAAGGUAGUGGUAUACAACGCGCGCAAACGCGGGGAGGAUCGGGCAUCGGAUUACUUCAAGAGGACGGAGAACAUUGCUGGUGUGAAGGACAUGCGGUUCCAGGCGUUGAUGCCGGAUAUUCUGCACUGGCUUGGGAUCACCAAGAUUGACAGGAUGCUCAGCAUGAGCAACAUGAAACACGAUGCGAUUGUUGGUCAAGGUAUACCUAUUCAUGAACGGGUUGAGCUUCCUGAAGAGUUGAUCCCGGCCGAUUCGAGGGUUGAGAUUGAUGCGAAGAUUACUGCUGGAUAUUUCACGACAGGUCACCGAAUGACUGAUGACGAGCUAAAGGCUGUUCAAGGCCGGAUAUGGGAAGAUAUUGACCACUAGAAGAAGAAGAGCAAUGCGGUGCGCCCGCCUCUUCUUGGUUUGGGAAGGAAGCUUGGGGGAGAUGUUCCAAUGUCAGACAGAAAAGAGCCUUUUGGGAAAGAUCACGCUAGACCAUGUACCUCGAUUUUUACUUGAGGUUGCGGGGAGAUGGAAUAUGAGUAAUGUGAU